CCUGAGGGAAGGGGGGGCUCCCGCCUUCUUAGCCCCUCCUCUCUAUGCCUGGUCUCUUCCCAUUUCCUCUUUGCUGAGGUCAGUGAGAAAAAUCCCGGACGCUUCACAAGGAGCUGCUGCUCUGUUUUUUCUGGGUACCUUUCAGAUCUGCAAAAGCAAGAGGAGCGCGGGGAGCUGCUUCAGCCGCUGAUCUUCCUUUUGCUGGUGUUAUGCUCGAUCCUGCUGUACUUCAAGGUGUCUCUCAUGGAUCCGGGUUUUGUUAAGCCUGAAGAGGAAGUGAAGGAAGGUGAAGAUAAAGGACAAGGUGUGGUGAUCCCUCAGAUUCCAGGUGAUGUUAAGCUGCGGCGCUGUGGUUACUGCCUGGUGAAGCAGCCCAUGCGGGCCAGGCACUGCCAGCUGUGCCAGCACUGCGUGCGGCGCUACGACCAUCACUGCCCCUGGCUCGAGAACUGUGUAGGAGAAAGGAAUCACCCCCUCUUCAUAGUCUACUUGAGUGUGCAGCUUGUGGUUCUGCUGUGGGGAGGCCAUGUUGCUUGGUCAGGCCUCUACUUUGAACAAUCCUGGGAGUGGCUGCAACACAACAUUUUCCUCCUUGUGUCCUUCCUCCUGAUAUUCAUAUUCACCAUUGUGGUCCUGCUGCUGCUUGUUUCCCACCUGUACCUGAUCUCAUGCAACACCACGACCUGGGAGUUCAUGUCGCACCACCGCAUCUCCUACCUGCGCCACUCCGAGCUCGAGAACCCCUUUGACCAAGGGAUCAUCCUCAAUCUCUGGAGAUUCUUCUGUUCACGCCACCUCACUGCAUGGGAGAACAUCUAUUUCCACAAGAACAGUGAGCCUGUCUAGUCCCAGUGUGCCAACACACCUGGCAGGCUGCUGGGUAAAGCUUUGCUAAUGCAAGGGCUGCUGUUUCCUUGCACAGAACUUUAAUGCAUCAGGGACUAUGCAACCUGCUCCAGAACCUUUCAACUGCAAAUUACGUUUCAGGAAUAGGGUAAUUUUUUAUAUAUAAAUAACACUGUUAAAGGCAAGAAUCCAGUUUUGGGAACAGCAAAGCCAGCAGAGCUGAUUUCCAGACUGAGCAAAGUAUUUCUCUAAAUUUAUUUCCUUUUGUUAAGUGCAUCCACAUCUCUCCAGAAGAAGUGCAAGAUUAGUGUUACUAUUUGUGUUUACUUAUCCAAGGUCUCCCUCCCUUUUGCUGCUAGGGAACAGCAGCAAUUACAGAUAAAACCAGCCAGGAUCAGUGUGAUUCCUGUGGCUUUUUUUCAGCCAAGUUCUGACUGUGAGAACUGUAGUGCCUUUUGGCAGUAGCAUCAGGCAUAUAAAAGAAAUAUUUGAGUAAAUAUUUAGACAGUCAAAAGCAAAUUUUAUUUUGUCCACAUGCUUCACCUUAAUGCCUUCCACAAAGACUUAAGGCUUAAUACUGUUAAUGUGCAUGAGAAAGAGCUAUAAGACAUCCAAUUAAUCUUAUGAGAUAAUUAAUCUGUAUUUUGUGAUGCCUGGAGCAGCUUCCUCAUGGCUUUUUAAGUUGAUGAUGAUGCUGCUAACAAUUCGCUUUGAAUCAAGUCAGUGAGGAAUGAUACCAUCACUUUUCUUUGGACAGAAAAGUAAUCCUUCACUACUGGAGUUAUUUCUGCAGAGAAUGCCAUGCUCAGGUCUUUGCUGUAGCUUGGGAGAGAAGCAGGAGCAGAGGUGGGCACCUCAUGCCUAACUCAAGUAGCACUGUUGGUAAAACUACUACUACCUCAACUCAUUAAUGACAUGUUAAUAAAAUACAAGUUCAAUGCAAGAGCAAAGCUGCCAGAUCCUGGUUGAUUAACAGAGAUGAGAGAUGCUGACAGCUUUCAGGACAGCAGCAAGAGGAUCUGUUUUCCAUCAAAAUACAAGGUCAUAAUUCAGAUUUCCAUGGGGAACUAAAAGGAAGUUUGGGAUGACCGAUCUUAGCUUUAAAACAAAAAAGGCUGUGGUGUGAAUUUUAGUUCUGACUCUUUUCUGUUAAAAGAAAAACAAACAAAACAAGAACAGCCACCACAACAAAGCAUUAGUUAAAAUUAUCUUGUGCCUUAAUUGUCUUGGCUCAGGAAUUAAAACCAACUCAGAGGCACUCAGGGUUUAAAGUUGAUGAGCACUCGUGGAAAGACAGCGUAGUUACUAACAUAGUAUGACAGUCCAAAAGUAAUUUAAAU